AUGAGUAUAAAGAGAUUAAAGAAACAGGUUUUUUCUUCGAUUCUUUCCAACAGUUCUAUAUAUUCCCAAGCUAGUGUUCUUAAGGAAUUGGUGGAAAAUAGUAUUGAUGCUUUAAUAGAAAGUACAAAUGGUCGAAUAUGUGUUGAAAUAGAUGCAAAGUCUGCCGGACUUCAAUAUAUGGUUGUGCAUGAUAACGGAUCUGGUAUUUCUAAAGAUGGUCGCUCUUUAAUGUGUCUUAAUUGUACUACUUCAAAGUUAAGAACUAUUGAUGAUUUGAAUCAAGGAAUAACGACUUGCGGAUUUAGAGGAGAAGCUCUUUAUUUUAUUAGUCAGCUAACGAAACAAAUGCAGAUAAAGACACGCACGGCUCAUGAUGAUGUUUGUGAAGUGUGGAAUGUGAAUAAGGAGGGUCUACCUUCUGCAGUACCUGAGAAAAUUGCUGGUCCAAUCGGAACAACAGUAAAAUUACAAGAAAUCUUCUCCAGCACUCCCGUUAGAAAGCAAUUUCUACAAAAGCAUUUCAGAAGUCAAAUGGACAAAAUAAGAAGGAUGAUUAUUGGUUAUUCAUUCGCCUAUAGAAACAUUCGAUUCCAACUUAAGGUACUUGAUGUAAAUUUCAAUGGCCACUUGGGGUCUGUGAUAGAUAAUAUGAUUAUUCCAAGCAAAAGCUCCUCUCUAGAAAUAGCUAUGAAUGUUCUUAAACUCAGGGAAAAAGAGAGCCUUUUUGAGUUGGAUGAAAGUGUUGAUAUUCAUAUUCCCAACAGUGAUGACACGUUCAAAGUUCAUAUAUCUGGAGUUUUACCUAGGAUGAGGGCCCAGGAUGAAGUUGCUGCUAGCCGACGGCUCAAAGUACUUUUUGUAAAUGAACGGUUACUUAGUUUAAAACUCAAAUUUGGUAGAACAAUUUCCCGUGGACUAAAUGACUUAUACGAACAAGCUAUGCUUCUUAAACCACAAGCUUGGUUUCUGAAACUUGAUAUUCCGCCUGAGAUUGUCGAUGUCAAUAUAGAGCCUUCCAAGGAUGAUGUUAUGAUACCGGCGGAAUUAAUCCUGCUUACAGAUGUGUUCCAAUGUUUAAGAAGAAUUAUUAGAAAAGAAUGUACAGUUCCAGAAGAGCAACCGGAAGAUUUGACAAAUUUCGGUACUUCAAAUCCAUCAUUUGAUGCAGAUGAUGUGGGAUUAACAGUCCAAACGAUCGCACCUGUAGAUACAACAUCUUCUGAUGGCAAAGUAGAUUCCUUAUUUGUCCCAAAUGAUUGCGAUCAUACUACCAAGCGUGUUGAGACCCAUGUCAGUAUUUUACAUGAAUCAUCGGAUGAUGAAGCAUCGUCCAUAAUAUUAUCACCACGAGAGGAAUUAACCCAAGUCAGAGAGAGCUUGACAUCUCCUCCUACAUCACAGCCUAAACCUAUUCAAAUAUCUUUGAAAAGGAUACCCUUAAUAUCAGAAAUGAGCCAGCGCACUUUAGGCCUUGUACAAAAUGUUCUAUUUACGCCAUCCAGAAAUAAGGAUCAUCGUAAUGACAUUUUAUUCAGAGAGUCCGGUUGGACGUCCAGAGUGGGUAUUCCUACACAACUGCUUCAGUUGGGAUUUGUGGAAAUCCUAAAAGAGAAUGGACACAAGGUGUCUUUAAGUAGCCUCAAGACUGAACUCAACAAGGACGGUAUUUUCAAAGUUGAGUUUUGA